AUGAAGACCCCAUUUGGAAAGGCACCAGGUCAGCGGUCCAGAGCUGAUCCAGGUAAGUAAUGUCUUUACACAUCCCACAGGUGGAUAAGAAAUCUUGGUGACUGCAGAUCCCUUUUUUUUUUAAUCCCACUCCUUUGGCAUAUCAGACACACCUCUUCUGGAAGUCCAUGUGCAUAGAAGCCAACCUCCACAGGAUUGGCACAUUCACAUAUUUGGUCUGCAGACACCAGGCCAUUAUGUGCUUGUGCCAUCCAGCUUGUGGAUGUUGGGCAUUCUGAUUGGGAUGGGGGUCAGUUGAUGGAAUUGCAAUUGCAAGUCCACUUACCACCAGGUAUAGGUAAUAAUAUUUCUGCAAUACUAGCAUACACCUGUUUUCAAUGUGUCUGCUGCUCUCCAAACUGAACUACUCUGCUAUGGCAAGUCUGAUAUUUAUUAUACAGUGCCUCAAAUGUGCUUUUCAUAGAUGAGAGCACGACGGGGCUUGCCCACAGUGGUCUAGGUAAAAAUAUAUAAAAAUAUACUUGGUUGUAUUCAGUGCUGCCUGUUCAUGAGCAAAGUGGACUUUGCUCAUGCAACAGGACUCCACUUUCCUCUUCUCCCCUCUGUGUGCCCUCAGAAUUUCUCCAGAAGGUUGAAGGAGCCUCUGGAGCAGGUUUUUGGGACAUGUGCAGUGUCACAGGGGGGAAAUUGCGGAAAGCAAAGUCUGUUACUGCUUUCACAACAUUCGAUUCUGCCCAGUAUUCUAAACUCUGUAAAAGCUGCAUAUUUGCAUUAGUAGUGGACAAGGUGUAUAAAAAUCAAUGAUUUAAAAAAAGAUAUUUAAAAAAUCUGAUUUUUUUAAAAUUUAAAUUGGAUUUUUAAAAUAUAAUGUUUUUGGAGGAAAAAUCUUACUAGUAAGAUUUUGUAUUUAAGUUACACUAUUGUCCAAAGGCUAUUCAUGAGGAAAUAAGGAUUUGUUUUAAGUUUUUCACGUGUGCUAAAACUCACUCUGGUGUUUUGUUUUUUAAAAAAGUUUAACCACAUCAGUUAACAAACAUAUGCUAUAAUGUUAUUGUUUUAGUUAAAUAAAUUGUUUAAAUUGUUAUUAAGGAAAUGAUUAUUUUUCUCCUUCCAAUAAAGUACAGCAGAAAAGUUGUCCAACUAUAAACGGUUAACUUAUUAAACCUCACCAUAAUUUCAUAAUUAUCUGUCUAUGUAUUUCUAAUAGUAUAACCAAAUCAGUAAUUUUUGAUAUAACUGUAAAAACUACUCUGAAAAUUUAUUAUUCCAAAAAUGAAACCUUCCUCUGGUUGAUACCAGCAAGAAUGAGUCUUUCUGUAAAAAAUGAUUUAAAUCAAGUCUUACUGACUAGUGAUAUAAAUCGUGAUUUAAAUCGAUUUGAUUUAAAUCAAAUCGACUCUGGUGGUGGAACUUACCAGACGAGCUACUUCAUCUAUCAAAAAAACUGGUCCAGCAUUAAUUUAGGCUAACUAGAGUGCUUUGGCAGUUCAUCUGCUGUUUUGGUUGUAGCUGACAUAAAACAUUCCUAAAAACUGAAUCAGAGUAUUGCUUUAUGCAGAAUUAAAGUAGUAAUUCUAAAAUUUACUAUAUUUGUUAAGUUAAGGCAAAUAUACAGUAUUGCUUCGCCUUUACAUACCAAAUUUAAGUUGGGGAAGUUGCACACAUGGUAAGCAUAUAUACCAAAGGAGUUUUUAGUGAUGUGCUGGCAUUUAAAGUGGGUGCUUUGGGGUGGGUGGGUUGUGAACUGGGAGGAGUGAAUGUAUGCUUGCGUAUUCUAAUUUUCCAGAAACUACCGUAUUUUUCGCUCUAUAAGACGCACCCGACCAUAAGGCGCACCUAGCUUUUAGAGGAGGAAAACAAGAAAAAAAAUCUAUCCAUCUCUGCGCAGCACCUCUCCAGCGAAGCGGGAGGAGGAACGGAGCCCCUUCCAUUUCUCCUCCUGCUUCACUGAAGGGGCGCUACGCAGCUCUCCCUCUCUGCGCAGCGGCAUUCACUCCAUAAGACGCACACACAUUUCCCCUUACUUUUUAGGAGGAAAAAAGUGUGUCUUAUGGAGCGAAAAAUACGGUACUUAAUAUGAAAAUGCUUCUGCUAAAGCUUCUAUCAAAGUAGAACUGAAAUAGGCCUAGGUAUAUGUGAGGACGAACGUUGCAUUAACUUGGUUCCCUCGGUUUAUAUUGAGGUAUGUCCCAAUUAUUUGGACCCUUUCAAAACAUAGUGAAGAGAAGCCCCUGUGUGCACCAUGUGUUGCCAAACAAAUUUAAUUGCAACAGUGGAAAUUCUUCCUACAUGAAUAAGAUUUCCUCAUCUGUAUGUAAUUUAACAUCUUGCUAUCUUGUGCAUUAAUUCAGCUGCUAGUCUUCAGUUCUAAUAAGUCAACAGGAAAAACAGCUUGCUGAUUCUCAAGGUUGGAAAUCUGAGUUGAUAUCCACUCCUACUCCACAACCUAGGGUGAGCGCUGUAGUCUGAAACUUUGCCAUCCAUAAAGCAUAGAUAAGUGUCUUGUGUUGAAAAGAAUACUGUGAGAAUUUAAUGUCAAGGCAUCUGUUUGCACAGAUCAUGAGUGUCAUCAGCACUUUUCUAGAAGUUCUGGGUCCUUCACAACACUAGCCUCGAUGCUGUUGCAUGCUUCGUUAAUACUGAAAAACUAUUACAAGUCAGAGAUAUACCUAAGGUUUCUACUCCAUCUGGAGCACUGAACUAAUUAACUUGUUCAGAUGAAGAUUUGUGAUCACCCUCUUUGUAAUAGGAUCUUCAGUUUUUAACUAAAAUAAUCUUCCUCUGGGUUUUAUCACAAAUAUGUUUUGAUGCCGCUAUAUCCCUGCAGGGUAUUAUUUCUACUCUCAAGUAAGAAUAACUUUUGGGUAAAGGUCUUAACACAGUUUACCCAGAGUGCAGGUCUGUUACCCUCCCACUCUCACAAAGUCUUCAAGUUUAUUUUCUGGGUUUAUCUUAAUAUUAUCAUUCAUCAUUUAUUUAUUAAUGCCUUCAGGUGCCCAUGAUUGGCUUUAUCUGCAGUUUUUAGUUUAUUGAAGAUUAGAGAAUGACUUUUUUUUCAAAAAUAAUAAUAAUAUUCUUACUAUCCUUGGGAGCUGUGUGCAGAAAGUUGGGAAGUUGAUAUAAUAAAUAAUAAAGACUACUUGCAUAUCAAAACAUAUGCAUAUCAUCCUUCAGAACUGCAGUAGUUCAGCGUAUGAGGAUUUCCCUUGCUCGAAAAAACAAAACAAACAAGUGUAGCAGUUACAGUCAUACCUCAUGUUACGUCCACUUCAGGUGGCGUGUUUUCGUCUUGUAUCCCGCGGCAACCCGGAAGUACUGGAAUGGAUUUCGCUGCUCACGCAUGCGCAGACACGCUAUAACACGCAUUGCGCUGCGCACCUGUGCAGACGCAGCGCUUCGAAUUGCGGGCUAUUCAUGUUGCGGACAGGCCUCUGGAACGGAUCCCAUCCGUAACACGAGGUACCACACUGUAUAGAAAAGAAGCCAAAAUUAGAAAAUUUUACACUGACAGGCUGUGUGCCAGUUCCCCCAACCCCUAAGGUACUAGGCAGAAAGUCAGUAUUCCCUUACUGAUUUCACACUGUUGACCUCAGGGCAGGUGUGGGUCCAGCCAAUGAAAAAGUUUAAUUUUGAAGCUGCCUCUUCGAGGGUGCUAAUUUUUAAUGCAAAUAGAGAGUAUGUAGCUAUUUGGUUGCAGAUAUUUCUAUUUAGACAGGCACUUCUCACAAUGCUACACAUUGGAUAGAUGGAAAGUGUACUGGUCUCGAGAGAUGAUGGGUGUAAUCCAUCUCUCUAGGGCACAUAAAUGGUUUCCUUGAAUAUGCACAUAUGUCCGCCUUGAAGCUAAUUUUUAUAGCUAAUCGGCCUGAUCUUACAAAGAUCAGGGGCUUUUCCUGUGUCUAUGAUACAAGUAGUGCCUCAUCUCCGGACAUCUGUGUGUGUAGCCUUUGAUAGCCAGGCUUUGGGCAAUAUGCUUACCAAAACUGGGAAAUGGUGGAAAAGCUACUGUACAAGAAAGGCACCUUGUCAAGAGUCUCCUCGUAUACUAGUUCUGAGUGUGCUUGAAGUUCCAAAGCAUAUUGAUGGUCUCAAUAAAUUGAACAGAAGCAAGGCCUGAUACACACUUUCUGUGCACACUAAUAAUUGGGUGACACAUGAUCUACAUCUGGGGGUUUUCAGUUCUUAUCUCAGUGGCCAGAUGAAACUGUGAUAAACAAGGUUUGGCAUUUUUCUCGGUAUCGUGCAAUGUAUGAAAGACAUGGUGCAUUCUAACUGUUUUUAAUUUUGAUUUUUAUGUUGUUGUAACCUGCCCUGGGACCUGCUGAUGAAGGAUGAGUAAUAAAUCUGAUAAGAAUGGUCUGUACCACACUCAGCAUCUCUCUUCUGCUUCUGUACCCCAGGCCAGCCUAACUCAGUAAUUGAACACCAGGGGUUGUCAAAUUGGUCCCUACCACCCACUAAUGGGUGUUUCAGGAUUCUAGGUGGGCAGUAGGGGGUUCUAUGGCACAAGCUGAAUCCUUCCAUCGAGCACUGGUGGGCAGUAAGGAAAUUUGACCAUCAAGGAAGAUGCAUUAGUGGGUGGUAGGUAUAAAAAAGUUGACUACUCCUGACCUAAGGUGACUGAGCUUGGUUUUGGUGUCAUUAAGCACUUACCUACGAUGACAUAAAGUGGGCAGAGAAGCAGUUUUGGCUGGAGGGCCAUCAGCUGACUUCCCAUGGUGUCACGUGAAUCCAAUCCUAGCUGAAGCACUGCUGCUUAAAUUUGGUACUAAAUGCAAACUGCGCUUGGAUCUACUCAGCAAGUCUCAAGUGGAUAAAAAGCCCUGGCAGAGAAGCAGCACAGCUUGCAUUUGAUGCCAAAUAUAAGUAGUGCUUGCAAAGGAUGCGUUGUGGUUUGCAAGCACAGUGUGCAUUCAGGGCUAUUUAAAUUUGGCACCAAAUGCUAGUCGCACUGCUUUCUGCCAGGGUCAUAUCCAAUCAGGAGCUUUUGAGUGGAUACAAGUGCAGCUUGCUUGCCUUUAAUGCCAAAUUUGCACAGCACUGAAUGCGAGCUGUGCUCGCAAAGUAACCAUUCAGUAGCACACAAUAAGGCUCCUGAUUCUUCCUUUGCAGCUGUGGCUUUACCUGUCCCAUACCUGAUGUCACCACAUCAGAUGAGCAACAGGUUGUUGUCAUUAGUUAUUGGACUUGUUUAUUGACAAACCCCACCCCUCUUCAUCCUAAGGUCCCAGAUUGGGAUGCAAAAUUAAAAUACAGCAUUAAAAAUAGUUUAGAACAAUUUGCAAUCCUAAAAAUAAGGUGGGCAUUAUCAGGGGGAAAUGGGCUUCUGGACCAGAUUUAAGAGGCGUGGCAGGUCUGAUUUGCCCUGGAGGCUUCCCAUCUGUGACAUGAACAGGGUGGGUGCAAUUCAUUUCUGUUAGCGUUUUUAAUAGAUUUGGUCCAUGUGCUGUGUUAAAGUGAAUGUCAAUACAGUAAACAAAUGCUGCAUGAAAUAACAAUUAAGCCUGUGAGGUUAAAACCUGUUCCUGGUGACUUAAUCACUGUUGACAUCUUCCUUGUAGGGCAUGCAGGUGUGUCUGCCAGCGUGAUGAAGAAGAGAGCUUCCCACAAGUAAGUGGCUUGGUAAUUCUUAAAAUCCCACGCCUGGCAGCUUUCUGUGAGGACUGUAUUUUUGUGUCCACUUUACAAAGGCAUUUUGUUACAUCAGCUGUGUGGAUUUUCUGUUCAAGAAGUUCUAGUGGAGGUCAGUGGGGUUGCAGCACUCAGUAACCAUUUCUGUACAAAGUCAAAGGUCUUGAAAGUAACAAAUGGAAUUUCAGAAACCAAGGACACCUGUAGAACUUUCCUUGGGCUCCAGAACAAAAAAUUAUCUGAUACCAACUGAUAACAGUGCAUCGGCUUGAGCUUGCAGAGUCCUCACUCAAAUGAAAUGUUGCCAUUCAAAUCUAGACUCUGUAAACUGCAGUUUGUUUCACUUGUGAAAAUACACACCAGUGAGAGCGAGUGGUCCUGGACCAGAUCCAGGUGCUGCUGGAGGAAACCCAUUUUCUAUAUCCAUUUCAGUCUGGGUUUUGGCCCAGAAACUGCUUUGGUCACCCUGCAUGAUGAGUUCUGUCGAGACAGAGACAGAGGGCCCUGUUAAUUCUAAUUUACAGCUUCUGUUGUCUAUGCUCUGGUAACCUCUAGGUUAGUUUACUGCAAAGUAUUAUACGUGGGGCUGUCUCUGACGAUGGUUCGGAAACCUCAGUUGGUGCAGAAUUUGUCAAUCAGGAUGCUUACCAGGGCAAGACAGGUUAAGCCAGUGGUUCUCAACCUUGGGUCCCCAGAUGGGUCCCUAGCUCACAGGACCAGUAGUCAGGGAUGAUGGGAGUUGUAGGCCAAAACAUCUGGGGACCCAAGGUUGAGAAAGGCUGGUUUAAGCGUGUAACACCAAUCCUGACCCAAAUGCACUGGUUGCAGAUUAGUUUCUGGGCCCAAUUCAAAGUGCUGGUUUUGACCUCUAAAGUCGUAAGCGGCUCAGGACCGCAGUAUUUCAAGGACCACCUCUCCUCAUAUGGACUGACAUGGACCCUGCAAUCAUUAGCUGAGGUCCUUCUUCAUGUGCCCUUCCACGAGAGAUGUGCUGGGCAGCAACAUGAUGAUGGGCCUUCGGUGGCUCCCCGUUUGUGUAAUGCUUUCCACAGGGAGGUUCACCUGAUGCCUUCAAUGCAGAUCUUUAGGCGCCAGGUGAAAAAUGUUACUCUUCUCCAUAGCCUUUUAAACCGGGGUUGGUGGCGGUACUGUUUUUGUCUGUUACUAUGUUAAUGUAUUUUUGUGUUUUCGUAUUGUAAACUUCCCUGUGAUCCUUGAAUGAAGGGCGGCGUGGAAAUUAAAUAAAUAAAAAAUUAGUUCACGUUUGAAAUAUAAUAUAAAAUCCCGUGAAGUGCAGUAGAAAUAUUUUGGAAUUUAGUAGAACUAAAAGGAAGCAGCAUGAUUGAAAUUUUCCAUACUCCCGUAUAAACUUGGCCUUAGGACUUGUCUGAUUAGUUAGGGCUUCGUCGGUUAUCAAGCAUUUCACAAUAAAACUUGCCUUUAGUAGCUCUUUAUCUCUUUCUCUGUGGCUUGGAUCUCAAGUCCCAUAUGCUCGUAGAAAGGGCCUCCAUUCAGGCACACUAGGGUGGCCAAUUCCUUCAAAACCCCUGGCUGCUGCCACACAAGCAUAAUGGCUGCUCCAGAUGGUUCCCCAGCGUAAGGAAGAAAUCUUUUGGUGCCAAAAACUGGGGAGGGAGAAGCUCACUUGCAUGAGGCAAAGCAGCUCCAUGCCACCUUGGGUCACACCACCUUUGUCACCAGGUGGGUAAAAGGAAGGGUUAUGCUACAGCAAAGCUUUCCAAACUUUUCAUGUUGGUGACACACUUUUUAGACAUGGAUCAUUUCACGACACAGCAGUUCAGUUUUACUAGCAAACCAGAGGUUAAGCUAACCUCUUUCUAGCCCUGUGAGGAGCGUGGGGAGCAUUCACUCGACACACCUACACACUGCAGCCAACACACUAAUGUGUCGCGACACACAGUUUGGAAAGAUCUGUGCUACUACAGCCUUUGGGAUAGCGAAGAGUACAGAUUCUACUAGAAAGAGAAUACUUUCUCACAUAACUUAGUAGCAGUUUAAGACUACCAGUACAAAAUUAAACAUUUUCAUAAACUACAAAACAGCAAAUCAAAGUAGAAAAAACCUUUCUGGAAGGUUUCAGAGACUAUACAGACAGAUAUGUACAAUUCAUUAAUUGGUAAGGCCUACAACAAAGUUUUGAGCAUUUGCAGCUGUGUAGGCACUGGUGAGCAAAGAACACAAUAUGAAAAUGAGUGCAUGUUAAGAAAUAAGCUGCCAUAUAUGUGUUUGACUUAGACUACUUUUCAGGCAAAAUAUGUCUCCAAAGUGAUUUAUAAACUAUAUAUCAGCAUGUACAUAUCAAACUAUAUUAUUAGAGCCAUUUAAAGCACUUAAACAUAAAUUUCCUUCAAAACAUUUAUCGAAAGCUAACAUAAGCAAUGUAGUAGCCAGCAAAAUGCUUACGAUUACAGUUCCAGUUAUACAGUCCAGGUCACAGUUAACUUCUACAGGUCUCAGUGAAAAGAUAGGUCUUAAAAGUAUUGAGGAGUGGCAAUCAAAUUCCACAUUUGUGGCGCCAUUGCCUUGGUUUCUUUGGCUAAACUAUAGCUCUUAGUUAGAACGGAAGUAUUCAUGGCCUGCUCCCAGAUCUGCUGUUGCUGCUGUGGGUUCUGGACCAGUUCUGGAAAUACGAAACAUGGCUGUAUCUGGAAACAUCAGGUAGGAGAGGGGGCAGCAAUACCAUUCACUUAGGAUGCCACAAUUCUGAAGGGGAGGUCAAGCAUGCCUGGGCACGUCCUGAAAAUAAGCUUGCAUAUGGCUUGGUUAAAAUCUACUCUAUUUUGAAGUUCUUCAUUCUAUAAACUAUUUAAUGCUUUAACAGUUAUGCUUGUGUAUCUAUAAACACAGAAAGCAUCGAAACAACGUGGGACCAAGCAAACCAAUGUCGCAACCUAGAAGAAAUAUUGUAGGCUGCAGAAUACAGCAUGGAUGGAAAGAAGGGAGUGGACCCGUGACACAAUGGAAAGGCACUGUCCUAGACCAGGUUCCUGUAAAUCCCUCCCUCUACCUUAUCAAAUAUGAUGGAUUUGAUUGUGUCUAUGGACUAGAACUGCACAAAGACGAAAGGGUUUCAGCACUCGAAGUGCUUCCAGAUAGAGUUGGUAAGUGUCUCGAUGGAGCUGAAUUUGUGUGUGUUAUUUAAGUCCCAUAUACCCCAACUUUCAUUCCAAUACAAAAACUCAAGGUAGCUCACAAUGAAUUUAAAAUUUAUCAAUUUAAAAAAUAUUUUAAAACCCCAAAAGAACCAUAGAGAACAGCAUUACAUCAGCGGAUUAAAGCCAAUACAAGCUACAACCUAAAAGGACGGUUUUGACUAAUAUCCAGAAGAUGGUUAGAAGUGAUGUGCUCUUUUCCCCCCUUCACCACCAGUAAUGGCUAUUUCUGUCUAAUGAUCUCAGUUAAUAUAAUAUUUAUUCAACCUUUUAAAAUAAUGAGUACUGGGACCAGGAUCCAGUGUGGUGGUGUGGUUAGAGAUAGGACCUGGGGAACCAGGGUUAAAAUCCCCACUUGGCCAUGAAGCUCACUGGAUGACCUUGGGCCAGUCACAACCUCUCAGCCUAGCCUACCUUGCAAAUAAAUAAAAUCCAGUGAGCCACUGUCUGUGCUCCCUAGGGCUUAUGCAUGCAUUUUCCAUUUUAAUAAAAUACCAUGUUGUCACAUUUCUAACAUUUGCCUCUCUUAGUUGGCAGUAAGUAUCUUAGAACUAGGACAAUGGUAUCCAUGUUUCUCAUAAUGUUAAAAAUUCAGUAAAGGGACUUUGCCCACUCUCUCGUUAGCGUUAUCUCUUAAAAACAACAACGGAGAUCGUUAGGACACCUUAAAGAUUAUCAAUUUUAUUAUGAUUAGAGACCACUUCAUAAAAAGCAUGGAAAACAGGCUUAUUCCGUGCAUGGUGCCUGAGUUUACUUUGGUGUGUCUAAUUAGAAUUUAGCUUCCAAAGGAUAAUGGCUGAAAUAGGGGGACAUAUGGAUGCCAUGGUUAGAAAUUGUUCAGUAUGUAGUCAUGGAUAGAAAAAAAAACCCCUAUACCUCAGUGUGGAUUAAACCAGAAGAAUGAUGUAGCUUUGAAUUCUGGGCAAUACCUUUAGUCUUGCAUUAGGCGCACUAUUUUCCUGGCCUCCUUUAAGAUGUAGUAGCCAUGCUUCUACCAGAAUGUUAAUCAGAUAUUGGUGUUUCUCUUCCAGCUUCAUCUCGAAUCAGUGAUGCCCACCUGGCAGACACAAUGAUUGGCAAAGCAGUGGAGCAUAUGUUUGAAACCGAAGAUGGUUCAAAAGAUGAGUGGAGGGGAAUGGUCUUGGCUCGGGCACCAAUAAUGAACACAUGGUUUUAUAUUACCUAUGAGAAGGAUCCUGUCUUGUACAUGUACCAGCUCUUAGAUGACUAUAAAGAAGGUGAUCUCCGUAUUAUGCCUGAUUCCAGUAAGUUGGCCAGUAUUUUAUCCUCUAUGUAAAGAAAGAAAACACGUUUAAAAUGUCUGACAUUGAGCAUUGAGAGUUUGUAGAAGAAUUGGAGCACUGUUUACCACUUGUUGUUUGAAGUGAGACAAACCAAGAAAAAACUUCAGCUACAGUGAAGUUUGCAGUGAGAUAAACUAUGAGCCGUGGUUUGGCUUUAACAUUAAACCAAACCAUGGCUUAGCCCCAAGUAGCAUAGCAGCAGGAUUGGUGGAAGAAUGCUGCAGCUGGGAUCAUCCGUUGUAGAACAUGAAGGUUUGCACCAAGUCAUGGUUUGGCUUGGCGCUACAUGAGAAUCUGGUCACUCACCUGUCAUGAUUUCUUAUAACUACAAAUCAUGGGUCAGGAUUUGAUCGUGAGCUGUUGGGUUUGACCCUCAAUUCUAUGGAGCCACUGACAUAUACAGUAUGUCUGAAGUGGUAUUCUGCAGGCUUCAGAGGAGUAUUUUGUGGUGCCUAAUUUGUCCAACUUGGAAGAGGUGAUGGAAAAGGCACCCUUCCCUCUUCUCGCUUUUAAAGGGUUAUUUAUAAAGCGAUCUCCUUUGUUGUGGAGCAUAAGGCCAAAAGAAGAACUAUUUGAGGUAAUUUGAGGUUUGGAGGAGAGCCCAGAAAUGCUAGGCUUACCAUACUAACUUUUUCCCUUAAUUGACUAUUUGGAGUCUAGGAAGAUAAGAUUCUGAGGGAGUUACUCUAACUGAUACUGUAAUGCUUGACAGCACCAACCACAACGUUUUUUUAAAAAAUACUUUAUGGAUUCUGAUACUUGGAACAUUUUGUAGAGCGAAUAUAAAUGAACAGGCAAAGAAACUUCAGCAUGGCUUUCACAUUCCAACUUUUAAUUCAGGUUAACUACUCAGCUGAACAGGUUGAUAUGUUGUCAGAUCAGCAGUAUAGCCAACAGCUGAUAAACCUCCAGGAAUUAGGUUAUGCAACAAUCAUUCGGUUUGUCCUUACCAUAAUCUGUAUUUAAGAUGGUUACUGUGAAAUGGAGACAAAUUGGAUAAGAGGAGUAUCAGAUAUGUAUAUCCAGUUGUUUAUUUUCCCUGGGUUAGAAGACAAAACCAUUGUGAUCAGAAAUAUGUUGCCAUGAACAUUUAAUUGCUGAAGCACGUAGUAAACUAUUACUCGUUGAGCUGACUAUGAGCAUCUGUUCUAUAAAAUCCUGCUGCAUUUUAACUCAAACGUUGUGUUCACAGAUGAUUCACCUCCAGCAGAACGGGAGCCUGGCGAAGUUGUGGACAGCCUAGUGGGGAAACAAGUGGAAUAUGCCAAAGAAGAUGGCUCAAAAAGGACUGGCAUGGUCAUUCAUCAGGUGGAAGCCAAACCCUCGGUCUAUUUCAUCAAGUUUGACGAUGAUUUCCAUAUUUAUGUCUAUGAUUUGGUGAAGACAUCUUAG